AUGAGAAGAAGAGCAAUGGCUGUCAUUUUACCACUUCAGCAUCUGGCAGAAUUAGCAAGCGUUUUCUCUCUUCUAGACAUAACCCACGACUCAAAUCCAACCAUCGUCUCCCGCCAGGUGGCUCGUCUAAAUGCUAAUUACUAUGCAUCAGUUUCUGAGAAAAUCCUCAAGAGGAUCACGCUGUAUUACAAGGAUCAUAUGACGGACAGGUUGCUCCUUGCACUAGCUCCGCCCUCCCUGAAAGAACUUUGGAUUGACUCGUGUUCACAGGUUACCACUGAAGGAGUUAUUGCUAUUUUUCACAAAUGUCAUAACUUGCAGCUGAUAGAUUUGUCUCACUGUGAUCACCUGAUCUCUGUGUAUCUGUUUGAGUCAAUAUCUCGUCUCCCCAAUCUCACUCUGUCGGCCAUCAUUGUGGAGGAGUGUGACAAUGUAACAGACCAGGUGGUCCAGUGUAUGUUGAAAGGAAUUCCAAAUCUGAGACAGUUGAAGUUGGGAAGCUGUAGAAACAUCACUGACGAUGUCUUUCUGAUUGACAAACAACAGCAGAAUGGUCUGGAGAUGGCAACUUUGGAACCAGUAAAGAAGCUGGGGGUUGGUGAAAUUGACAACAUUGUGCAUUCCAAGUUUCUGUGUCGUCUGGUGAGCGUUGACGUGUCUGGGUGUAACCUGACGAGUACAGCGGUUAGACACCUCACAACACUGACCGGACCUACGCUGAGAGAGGUCGACAUUUCGUGUUCAAAGAUUGACCCUCUGGCUAUGUGGUAUUUGUGUGGGUUCAGUUUUCCAGCUGCAAUCAAGAUGUUAACCAUGGUAAAUCCUGAGCACAUUGUGAACAAACUGGCUACGUUCGAACAGGAGUUUAAAGAAAGCGAAGACCGGCUUUUACAAUUCCAGAAUUGUAGUCUGUCAGGCAGCAGUGAUGCAGCUUUGAAGCCUUCUGAUUCUAUGCAAAACAAAUCUGUCUGUGAUUCAAAUUUUAGCAGUAUUCUAGUUGAAAAAUGUCAAAAUACGAAUAACCAGUCAUCAUUGCUCAAAGAUAAACAAACAUUAAGUAUUAACCAAUCACAGUGUGCCUCUGUUUCGAAUGAUUUAGGUGGUGUUCUAGUGGAAGGAUGUGAGAAUUCAGUUUACCAAUCAAACGUAUUUGGACUUACUCAAAUGUUAGAUGCCGACCAAUUGCAAUCUGGCUUAGAUACAGAUGCCGACCAAUCACAAUCUGCCUUAGAUACAGAUGCCGACCAAUCACAUUCUGCUUUAGAUACAGAGGACUUGAAGAGUGUUCCAAUGGGAGGACACAAAACAGAGGCUCAGUCAUCAUUGUCCAGAUCUGUACAGACAGACACUGGCCAGUCAGAUUGUGUGUUACAGUUCAAGGAUUUGCAUGCAGUGUCUGAGAGAGAAGAAAAGAGAAAUGUUGCCAGUUUGGCAACAGAAGUAAAACUGCAUGGUCCAGAAACAGACCAGACAAAAUUGGUUCUGGUUUCUAAGCAUCCUACUUCACAGAGUGAGGAUACACUACAGACAGCACAUGUUAGUGAGACCAGUGGUGCAGUUGGUAGCAGUGAGCCUUUGUUAGGCUACUUGAAUCCAGAUGAAAUAAAACUUAACCUAUUGGCAGAUGGAAAUGAAAGUAGCCAAUCAGCACUGGCCUCCUGUCAGCACACCUUGUCCACUGACCAAUCAGAGAGAGUUUUUGAUAAAAAACCUGAAGUCCAGUCAUCACAUCCAAUGAAUGAACAAACCUUGUUAACCGACCAGUCAGACCGUGCCUUUAAUGAUAAAUCAGUUGACCAAUGGAGAUUGUCCCAACAUGUGGAGUCAUUAAAUACUAGCCAACCACCGAGUGCCUUACAUGAGGGUCAGGAUAAAAGUGGCCUUGAGACUUCCUCCGCUCAAAAGAAACUGGUUGACCAGUUACCAUGUCCGACACAGAAACAAACAUCUAAUGUUAACCAGUCGAAGUGUGUUUUGGAUUUUGAGCCACAAAUGUCGACCGAAAACGUUUUCUCUUUCACUGAAGACUUAAUGCCAGAACCUGUGGACUUUCCUCCAAGAAGGGUUCCUGAGAAUGUUAAUGUUAAGUUAAGUUUAGAGAAUGUAAAUCUGAAUAAAGACGAGGAAGACGAUGAAGAUGUUGAUGUUUCUGUUGAGGAAUUGGAAAAGAACUGUGGCUCAAAAGACGCUCACAAAGAGGACAAUUCAGAAAAAACAUUUUUGGAUUCCACAGAAGAUGAAAAGAUAUCUAUGGAUUUCCGUGAGGAUUUCAGCAAAUCUUUAAAAAGAGUCCUGAAAUUUAUCGCAAGUUUUGGUUACUCUGGUCAAACUGAUAAGAAGUCAAAGUUACUCCCAUUUAAUUUUAGAAUGCUGUAUUCUUCAGACAUCACUUCUUUUUCAGCCUGUCAUAUUAAUGUCAGUGACUCGGUCUGUAAUAGAGUGUGCGUUGGACAUUUCUUCUAUCUGAAUGGGAACCUGAAGCGGUUAGAACUGCGGUGGAAGAGCUUGAGUGACAUGGCUCUGAGUUGUAUCUCAGACCAACUCCAUGAUCUGCGCAACCUCAGUCUCGUGGACUGUGACAAAGUGUCAGAUCAUCGCCUCCAUAUUGUAGGUCUUCAGUGUCAGAAGAUAGAAAAGUUAGACCUCAAAGGUGUGUGUUUCUUCGAUGACGAGAUAACAGUGCCGUUUGUGAUCAACGGAAGUUUGAGCUCGCUGUCUCUGUCUGAGAGUCACGUCACCGACAGCACGCUGGACCUCAUACAUCGAGUGGCCAGCUCACGGAUUGUGGAUCUCGACUGUUCAUGGUGUGAAGAUCUAACAGAAGAAGGUGUCAAUCUGAUUGCGUCGUGCUGCUCAGCACUGCGUGUGUUGAAUCUCCGCCACUGCCCCGCCACCGACAAGACCCUUGACCUUCUCGCUGACAACUGUAACCUGUUGGAGAACAUUGAGCUGUCCGGAGUUCAAGACAUCACUGAUGUCGCUGUUGUCAACCUCGUCAGUCAUCUCCCCUUACUACAGGUCAUCGACAUUAGCUGGAAUUUUGAUCUCACUGAUCCCAGCAUUGUGUCACUGUUUCUGUGCUGCCCUCUGCUGAGAGUCGCAAAACUGUCUGGACUGAAACGUCUGACGUCCGAUGCGUUUACACCCAUUAUUUCAGACUACUCUCGAUGGCGGAAAUGUCAGGCUUUGUUUCAGUUUAAGAAUCAAGAGAGACAUCUUCUUGAUGAAAUGGGUGAACAACAGUAUUCGAGCGAUGAGGAGUACGAUGCUCUCUAUUUACCACACCGGUCGACUGUUUAUGCACCAAGCCUUCAAGAACUUGAGCUUGAAUAUUGUAACUACAUUGACGAUGACAAGCUGCAGGAAAUUGUCGGCAUCUGUCACGGGUCACUGACCGUGAUUGACUACUACUGCCAGAAGGUCGUUUCCUCUCUCAGCAGUCUGGUACAUGCGUCAAGACAGCUCGUUCUCAAACAAGGCACAUUUUGAAAAGCUUUGUGUCAACUGCUACACCAGAAAUGAAACCAGUAAUAUCAGCUGAUACACCAGAAAUGAGACCAGUAAUAUAGUGAAGUGUUUUUCAGCCACAGCACUGAAUAUCAACUGCUGCACUAGAAGUGAAACCAGUACUAUGAUGAACUAUUUAUCAACCACAGCACUGAAUAUUAAUUGCUGCACCAGAAGUGAAACCAGUACUACGGUAAGCACCAUCAGCGACGGCGUGUCAACUGCUACACCAGAAGUGAAACCAGUACUAUGAGGAACUAUUUAUCAACCACAGCACUGAAUAUUAACUGUUACACCAGAAGUGAAACCAGUAAUAUAGUGAAGUGUUUAUGAAUCACAGCACUGAAUAUCAACUGCAACACCAGAAAUGAAACCAGUACUAUGUGAAGUAUGGUCAUGUUGAAAUGCUUUGUAAGCACCAUCAGCGUAUCAACUGUGAAACCAGUACUAUGAUAAACUAUUUAUCAACCACAGCACUGAAUAUCAACUGCUACACCAGAAGUGAAACCAGUAAUAUUGUGAAGUGUUUUUCAACCACAGCUUUGACUAUCAACUUCUACACCAGAAAUGAGACCAGUAUUAUAGUGAAGUGUUUAUUAAUCACAGCACUGAAUAUCAACUGCUACACCAGAAGUGAAACCAGUACUACUAUGACAUGUUUUUCAACCACUGCAGUGAAUAUUCAUUGCAGUGGUUGAAAAACAUGAGUGAAACAAGUUUUGAAGGAAAGAAAGAAAUGUUUUAUUUAACGACGCACUCAACACAUUUUAUUUACGGUUAUAUGGCGUCAGACAUACAGUUAAGGACCACACAGAUAUUGAGGUAGGAAACCCACUGUCG